GCGCAAAGGCCCCACGUGUUCCGACCCGCUAGGCCCCGCGCGGCUCGGAUCCGGCGGCGCUGUUUCGGUCAGGAGUGGGUGGGAGAGAAGCCGGGGCAGGGGAGGAGCCGCCGGAGCUGUCGGAGCCGUGACACCCAGGGCAGCUACACUCAGAAGCCACAAGGAAUGCUAGUGGAGCCUCUCAUCCCUCCUAGCUUCUCUUCCAAGCUGCCCCGUGUGGCUUGAUCCAGGAAGCUACUUAAGAAAGCUAUACACUUUUUGUACUCUGUAUAUAUUAUAUUGCAGUAGACAGUCAUUCCAAGGGUACAACAAGGUUUACCACAAUGUGAGGGACUCAGCCAUUACAAAUUGUACGAUGAGGGCCUUUGGGAGGAAAUAUUGCUGUGUCCAGGCUGAGGCUGGGGGCUAAUGACAGUGUGAGCUGCUCUAGAUGGUGUGAGACCACCCCAAGCCAAGAAAUGACUACAACUGUGGAACCAGAGGACCAGGAUCUUUGGGAAGAAGAGGGAAUUCUGAUGGUGAAACUGGAAGAUGAUUUCACCUGUAGGCCAGAGUCUGUCUUACAGAGGGAUGACCCAGUGCUGGAGACCUCUCACCAGAACUUCCGACGCUUCCGUUACCAGGAAGCAGCAAGCCCUAGAGAAGCUCUCAUCAGACUCCGAGAACUUUGUCACCAGUGGCUGAGACCAGAGAGGCGGACCAAGGAGCAGAUCCUAGAGCUGCUUGUGCUGGAACAGUUUCUUACCGUCCUGCCUGGAGAACUACAGAGCUGGGUGCGGGGCCAACGGCCAGAAAGUGGCGAGGAGGCAGUGACGCUGGUGGAGGGUUUGCAGAAACAACCCAGGAGACCAAGGCGGUGGGUGACUGUCCAUGUUCAUGGCCAGGAAGUCCUGUCAGAGGAGACAGUGCGUCUAGGAGCAGAGCCUGAGCCACCUAGUGAGCUGCAGGAUCCCGCGCAAAGCUCAACCCCCCAGCAGUCCCCUGAGGAAACCACACAGAGCCCAGAUCUGGGGGCACCGGCAGAGCAGCGUCCACACCAGGAAGAGGAGCUCCAGCCCCUGCAGGAGAGCGAGGUUCCAGUGCCCCAGGACCCAGACCUUCCUACAGAGAGGAGCUCUGGAGACUCGGAGAUGGUUGCUCUUCUUACUGCUCUAUCACAGGGACUGGUAACGUUCAAGGAUGUGGCUGUAUGCUUUUCCCAGGACCAGUGGAGUGAUCUGGAUCCAACACAGAAAGAAUUCUAUGGAGAAUAUGUCUUGGAAGAAGACUGUGGAAUUGUAGUCUCUCUGUCAUUUCCAAUCCCCAGACCUGAUGAGAUCUCCCAGGUUAGAGAGGAAGAGCCUUGGGUCCCAGAUAUCCAAGAGCCUCAAGAGACUCAAGAGCCAGAAAUCCUGAGUUUUACCUACACAGGAGAUAGGAGUAAAGAUGAGGAAGAGUGUGUGGAGCAGGAAGAUCUGAGUUUGGACGAUAUACACAGGCCUAUUUUGGGAGAACCAGAAAUUCACCAGACUCCAGAUUGGGAAAUAGUCUUUGAGGAUAGUCCGGGUAGACUUAAUGAAAGAAGAUUUGGUACAAACAUUUCUCAAGUGAAUAGUUUUGCGAACCUUCGGGAAACUACGCCCGUCCACCCACUGUUAGGGAGACACCAUGACUGCUCUGUGUGUGGAAAGAGCUUCACUUGUAACUCCCACCUCGUUAGACACCUGAGAACUCACACGGGAGAGAAACCCUAUAAAUGUAUGGAGUGUGGAAAAAGUUACACGCGAAGCUCGCAUCUUGCCAGGCACCAAAAGGUUCAUAAGAUGAACGCUCCUUAUAAAUAUCCCUUAAACCGGAAGGAUUUGGAAGCGACCUCCCCUUUGACCCAGGCUGAGAGAACUCCAUCUGUGGAGAAGCCCUAUAGAUGUGAUGAUUGUGGAAAACACUUCCGCUGGACUUCAGACCUUGUCAGGCAUCAGAGGACACAUACAGGAGAAAAACCCUUCUUUUGUACUAUUUGUGGCAAAAGCUUCAGCCAGAAAUCUGUGCUAACAACACACCAAAGAAUCCACCUGGGAGGCAAACCCUACUUGUGUGGAGAGUGUGGCGAGGACUUCAGUGAGCACAGGCGGUACCUGGCGCACCGGAAGACGCACGCGGCCGAGGAGCUCUACCUCUGCAGCGAGUGCGGGCGCUGCUUCACCCACAGCGCAGCGUUCGCCAAGCACCUGCGAGGACACGCCUCCGUGAGGCCCUGCCGAUGCAACGAAUGUGGGAAGAGCUUCAGUCGCAGGGACCACCUCGUCAGGCAUCAGAGAACACACACUGGGGAGAAACCGUUCACGUGCCCCACUUGUGGAAAAAGCUUCAGCAGAGGGUAUCACUUAAUUAGGCAUCAGAGGACCCACUCAGAAAAGACCUCCUAGCUAGGUCCCCAUGUGAGGAAAUCUGCUUUCAGCCCUCACCUAAGGGAGGUGAGGAACAGGAAAAGCCCUCUUGUCAGCCUGGGAAGACCUUUUCUAGGGAGUCUCCCUGACCUGCCCAGAUCCGACAUCACCUCUUCCGGCAACUAAAUACAAGCCUGGGCAGAACCUCUCAGCCGCCUUCUACGCCUUGAGAUGUUUCAUCCAAAGUACAACCUGAAUUGAGGCUUCUCCUUCACUAGAGUGUGGCUGCCUCUAUCUCGUGGUUGUAAAGUAGGAAAAUUAAAAGACUUAAGAGGUUGUGGUUACUGUAUUGUCCAAAAAAUAGGCUGUUACAUAUCCUAAAGACUGCUUAACAGCCUCGAGUUGAAAGUGGCCAAGGACAGCCCCUUAGGUUUGGGAAGGGACCAGCCUGAAGGAUUCUGUCUUUAGAGGGCUCAAGUCUUAAAGCACACAGCUCUGAACUCAAGACAGGAGGUUUGCGUCCUGAUGGCUUUGCCACACAUUCACAGGAUGACUGUACAAACCCCUUGCUGUCUGAUUCACUUCUUACCAUGCACUUUCCUUUGAUGCUGAGGAGAAAUGGAAGCAGGCAAAAAAAAUCUCAAAGCUGCUUCAGGUGGACCUUGCCAAGCUGCUCCCUCCCCCAAUGUCAAAUUGUUAUCAGGUGCCAAACACUGCUAGAAAGGAGGGCCUAGUCGGAAGCCUCUUUCCAUAUGGGUUUUGGUUUUGUCUUUAAUAUUUUUUCCUAUUAAAAUACUCAUGCAUUUAACCUUCCCAUUAUUCAGCCAGUCUCUUGGUUUCGUCCCUAGCACUUCUACUACAAGUGAGAUGGUAGCGUUUGAGAGCUUAUUGAGGAAAGCACAAUUCAGUCAGAAUGAAAUCAUUCACAUUCCCUCAUAUGCACAAGCCCACCCACCCUUCGACACCCCCUUCACAGGGGUGGUGUGAAUAAGGGGAUUUGGGAACAGUGUCACCUUACAAAGGCACUAUAACAAUUGCAGAAUCAUGAUAGCCAUGGGUCACAUGAAGACAACUGGAGAACAACUAAGACCAAAUUAUGGAAAAUAAGAAAAAGCUGUUGCUGGCAAGACCAUCAAGACUAUUCUCCUGACACCCUGUCCCCAUCAUCCCUGCCUGAGUCCUCUGACAUCAUGGGAAGUGUUGAACCCCAGAACCUGGGACCCUGAGGAAUUCACCAGGAGUAAAUAGCUUUCAUGUA